GGCCUGCCGGGGUGGGGGAGUAUAUUAGCCCCUCAAGGUUUGGACCCCCAAUCAUCCUCUAGCUGUCUUGGCCCAGUAAGGUGGGCUGCCCCACGCCUCGGGGUGGGAACGUCUGUCCCCUGAGGCCUUUCCCCACCUCCUACAGCCUGGAAGUUCUUAACUCCCAAGUCAUCGCCCACAGCAAGAUUCUUACGGCCUUCAGCUAGUCGGGAGUUUCCCGUCUCUAUGGUGACAGAGGACGCAGGAAGCAGGACUGCAACACUUGGAUGGCAUUCAGCACCUGCACCAGUAGGCUGGCUGGGAUUUCAAAGGUCCCCAUGGGGACACCGCCCUCCCCACCCCACACCCCACCCCCGCCACAGGACCUGCCCUGAGCUCUGAUUCCCAGGGCCUCGGCCUGUGUGCUGUUUCUAGAGUGAGAUGCAGUGCAGAGCUGCUCAGAUGAGACGUUAAAACCUGGCUGCACAGUGUUGAACCCAGGGCCUCAUGCAUGCUAGGAAAACGCUUUUCAACUCAACUAUAUUCCCAGCUCAAGGUCCGCAUUCUUAAUUAACCCCAUCAGUAUGCACAGUCUGGCAAGAACUGAAUCAGUAAAGAGAACUCUGCUGCUUUAAAACCAGUACCCACUAAUAGGUACUAAAUAGUACCCUGAAUUAAUAUUAUUGCACCUCCUCAUAACUGAGUCCAUGGGUGCAGCCUUCAAUAUAAAGAAACAAAAAUAUGGACCCUUGACUAUGGAAAUUGGAAAUUGAGUCUCUCUGUAGUGGCUCUGAACUCAACUCGCUAGGGUCACUUAGGAUAAAAAGCCUUUAAGAUUGUUGGAGAAGCCGGGCGGUGGUGGUGCAUGCCUUUAAUCCCAGCACUCGGGAGGCAGAACCAGGUGGAUCUCUGUGAGUUCCAGGCCAGCCUGAUCUACAGGGCAAGAUCCAGAAAGGCACCAAAACUACACAGAGAAACCCUGUCUUGAAAAACUAAAAACAAAACAAAACAAAAAGAUUCUUGGAGAAGAGCGCACAACAGUGUUUUCUGGAUUUCAAGGGCGAGGCAUGUUUUGUGCUGGAUUUCAGCUUAAGUUACUGUUUUCAGAAACCAAGUGGAACCGAACACUAUAAAACAAUGCCAAGAGCAAAGGAAAGAAAACAAAAACCCAAAGGGGCUCCCCCAUCGGUGGUUCCGGUUCUUCAGAAGUUCCUGAAGACGUAUCAGAAGUACUGCGUACAGUCUCGGACAUCCCCGUGUCCCGCCAUCCAAAGGGACCUGAAGAGCAGCAUUGACAGAGAGCAGGUCCUCAGGAGGUUCAUGCUGGUAAGAGCUGGUGAUGCCUCCGUAAGCAGCCCGCCUGUGUCCUUGGAGCCUUUGCUCAUGGCCAUUCGAGAUGAGAGCUACGUGCUGGGGAAGGAGAUCUGUGUCUGGGGCCUCCAGCUGACCAACCCCGAGAUCGCCAGGCUCGCUUUGUUCCUGGAGUCGAAGGGGCACACCACUUGCCCAGUUACCACCCUGGAGAUCAUUAAUUGCAAGAUGGACCUGUGGUCCCUGGGACGACUUGGGAAAGCUUUGCAGUUCAGCGGUUUGCAGUUGCUGGUCCUUGAUUACUGCAAGUUUGGAAAUGAAGAACUCGAGAGUAUCUUCUCGGGCCUGGAGACCAACCAAAGGCUCCAAGGCCUCAGUCUGCGCUACUGUGGCCUGGGGCCUCAGAGUGGCCCGAGGCUGGGCUCUGUCAUCAGCCAGAGUGCCAUCUGCGAGCUGCACCUGGAUGGAAAUUAUUUGCAGUGUUCUGGGACUCUGGCCCUCCUCAGACCCAUAGCAGAAUAUGCAGAGAUGCAGGGGAAGGCCCAGCCCACCUCGGCAUCACCACACGCCGGAAAUCCCACUCUGCUUCCCCAAGUGUGCCGGGGAGGAAGCUCAACUCUGAGCCAGAUUGCAAAAUCUUCUGAAGCUGUAACGGUGCAAAGGACCUCACAGAGGAAAAGGGGGAAAAGAGGAAUCAGGAAAAAGGCUCACCGACCGAUGGAAGCCGGCCCUUGGGUAGCGACGCUGCAUUUGGCAGAUAACAGCAUUGAUGGGACAGGAACAGACGGGGAGCAAUUGCCGGAACUCGCGCGAACCUUAACCUGCCUGAUCAAAUACUCUACGCACUUAAGGGAAAUUGACCUUGGAAACAACGUCCUGGGAGAAACGGCUGCAGUCGCCAUCCUGGAAGCACUGAGAGCCAGGAAGGCAGGUAAACUACCACCCUUAAAAGUCACAGUCACUCCCAGAAUCUCUUCGGACACCUUCACAUCUAUUUGGAAACAUAGCAAGAAAUCUAAUAAAACCAGUAAAAAGAAGAAAAAGGCUCAGCGAUCACUGUGGAAGCGGGGUAGAAAGACUGUAAGGGCCAGAGGCAGCGGACGACCACAAGGAAACUGUUUUCCAGGCACAGCAGGGAAGAAGCUGCACAUAUUAACUCCUAACAGCUGUGCCCAGCACUGUGCAAGCUCAAGCCGCACGAAAUCCUAGCAUGGAGAGAGGAGGCAAAAAACUGAAUACAGAUGCUGUAUUUGCAAAUGGAUGUCACCUAUCUCCAUGGCCACACAGACCUAUUUAGGAAGACACUGCUUGUCAUGCAUAAACAUUUUUAAUUGCCAUCAAUCCCCUUUCGGGUUCUAAAAUUCAUUAAGACCACUCAGCAGGGCCUAUCCUGUCCCACAAAUCAGUUUCUUUCUUUUUUUAAAUUUUUCGAGACAAACAGCUCAGCUCUGGCUAUGCUGAAACUAGCUCUGUAGACCAAGCUGGUCUUGAAAUCACAAGGAUCCGCCUGCCUCUGCCUCCUGAGUGCUGAGACAAAAGGUGUGUGCCACCACUGCCCGGCACAAAUCAGUUUCUAAACUAUGGGUUUCAUUCUGUCCCUGUUGCCACUAAGUCACCAGGAGGAGGCCAAGGCUUCACUGGUAACAUCAUGACUAAGGAAGUCAUUGCUGCUAGAGUCCCUCUUAUCCAAAAUGGCCUUGCAUGGGGAAAGAGCUACCACGCCCAUCUUUCUCAGUAAUAUCCAACUUUGAUGAGCCUAUGCAUGUUAAGGUUGUGGAGGCCCCUUGUGCUGGGCACCAACUUGAUUGAAGGUUUAUAACUGGGGGGAGGGGAGGGCAAAACAACUUGACCACACGACUGCCAUGACAGGCUUAGAGGCCCAGACACAGCUUCUGUGACAGGCAACACCUGGAUCCAGGAAAAGCCAUAAGCUGACCCCAUCCAGGACCCACCUAGGGAUGGACCAGUAUCUAAGGGGAAGUACCAAACAUCCCAAAACAUUCCAACCCUUAGAUAAGAUUAGAUAAGAUCACCAGAUGUCCCCGAGUCUAGCACACACCUAUUUCCCUUUUAGAGAUACCCCUAGACAAAUGUCAGCCAAUUAGGGUCCUGAACCCUGGAAAUCCCCCCACCCCAACCUCUGCUAUGAUAAAGACCCCACCCUGCCUGGGCUCUGGGCUCUCUGACCUCACUGCUGAGUCUUCAUCAGACAGAGAGUCCAAGCUCUGAGCUUGAAAU